CCCGGAUGUGAGAUAGAUCUACCCGGGAGGAGGUUACGUUCUAUAAAACUGAGGUUGAGAUGGAACCUGGCAAUCGAGCAACGACCUAUCUGCUUUUAGACGUCACCGUGAUAACAUCCCUACUAAGCCAUGGCUCCAGAAAUUAAAUUUACAAAACUGUUCAUAAAUGGACAGUUUGUUGAUUCACAAAGUGGGAAGACCUUCCCAGUUGUCAACCCAUCAACAGGCAAAGUUAUCUGUCAAGUCAGUGAAGGUGAUAAGGCUGACAUUGACCUAGCUGUUGAUGCUGCAAAUGAGGCAUUUAAGUUGGGCUCAAAAUGGAGAACCAUGGAUGCAUCAGGACGAGGCCGCAUGAUGGAAAAGUUAGCUGGACUCAUGGAAAGGGAUAUGCAUUACUUGGCACAGUUGGAAACUUAUAACAACGGCAAACCCUUGAAAGAUGCUGUGUUUGAUAUUUAUGGUGCAAUUUAUGCUCUCAAGUACUAUGCAGGAUGGGCAGACAAGAUCCAUGGCCAGAGUAUACCAGCAGAUGGAAAUGUGUUUGUGGUGACGCGAAAGGAACCGGUUGGUGUGGCUGGGCAAAUCAUACCUUGGAACUUUCCAAUUCUCAUGCUUGCUUGGAAGUGGGGCCCUGCUCUUGCUACUGGAUGUACUGUCGUUAUGAAACCGGCAGAGCAAACGCCAUUGACUGCCCUCUAUAUGGCUCAUUUAACUAUCGAAGCCGGAUUUCCCCCUGGAGUAAUCAACGUUGUGAAUGGUUUUGGAGCUACUGCCGGAGCGGCCUUGGCUUCACAUGAACAUGUUCAAAAGAUUGCCUUCACAGGUUCUACUGCAGUUGGUAAACUAAUCAUGGAAGCUGCAGCAAAGAGUAAUCUGAAACGUGUCAGUUUGGAACUGGGAGGGAAGUCCCCAAUCGUCGUGUUCCCGGAUGUCGAUCUGGAUAAAGCGGUGCAGACCUGUCACGCUGCAGUCUUUGCCAACAUGGGACAAUGUUGCUGUGCCGGCACGCGUACGUUCGUUCACGAAUCCAUAUAUGACCAGUUUGUAGAGAAAGCUACCGAGCUGGCACGCAAGCGAAAGUUGGGUGACCCGUUCGGGGAAGUUGACCAAGGACCUCAGGUCAGCGAGCUGCAAUUCAACAGAAUCAUGGCACUAAUUGAAGCUGGAAAGAAGGAAGGAGCUGGCCUUAAAGUUGGUGGACAGCAGCAUGGAACCGAAGGGUAUUUCAUUGAGCCCACGGUGUUUGUAGAUGUCCAGGAUGACAUGAGGAUUGCUAAAGAAGAGAUUUUUGGACCUGUCCAACAAAUUAUGAAGUUUAGCACCAUGGAAGAAGUUAUCAAGCGCGCAAACGACACGCACUAUGGAUUAGCUGCAGGCAUUUUAACCAACGACAUCAACAGAGCUCUGACGUUUUCGCAGGCCGUAAACGCUGGAACUGUUUGGGUUAAUUGUUUCCUUCACGUUACGGCACAAGCCCCAUUCGGUGGAUUUAAACAGUCAGGAAUUGGUCGCGAAAUGGGUGAAGAAGGCCUUCAUAGCUAUCUUGAGAUGAAGACGGUGACCAUCUCGAUGAGCAAAUUCUAAUUUGAAGUUUUUUCCCGGUUUCUUCUUACUCUAUUCUAGUUACCUUUUCUUCUAGAAGUUUUUGCUAUCCAAAACUUGAGAAUAGAAUAGGUUCAUUAAAAAAAGAAAUAGUUAAGAGGGGAAAUGUUGGGCAUUUGUUGUUUCGUUUGAGGACAAAAGUUAAAAAUUAUAUUAUUCAACUUUGUUUAUUCCUCUUUCCUUUUAUGCUGACCUAAUAAUAUGUAUUUCUUGGCAAAUUUUUCUGGACUUCUAGCGCUAAAGCUUCUAUUCUUUUGGGCGAAAACACCCCGCACAUUGGCACUGUUACUUUCUGGUGCAUGGCCAUUUCUGUUUACGUAGCACCACUGUAUGUAGGGCGAUUCGAAAUUAGAAUGCAUUCGUUGGGGGAAAGUGUCUGAAAUAUCUUGCAAAAAUUCGACCUAGUAAAGCGACCCAUCCGUGUAGUGAAGCUGCCUUGGCGGUCUCAUUAAAAAGUACGUCAUUCCACGUUCAGGGUCAUGCCAGCUCAAGUAGGCGAUAUUGCAAUCUGCUCGAUAUUUUUAUCUUCCCCUGUUUCGUUUUUCUUUACAAGAUUAAUUGGCAUUCCCAUUACCCCGCCCCUGCACACAUACCUGCAUUAUUUCAUGCAGGUUUUCCGAAACCGCUUCUUAUUCGCAUUCUCUCAAGGUUAUGGGAAAGCCAAACUGUGGCAUCACACAAGAAUUACGUAAGAAUGACUAACGAUCAGAUGCAAACGGAAAUGCAGAGCAAAAUGUAACCUUUUUUUCCUAUUUCAUAACUGGCAGAAGUAUUGGCUAUCUGUAAGUAAAAAUAAAACUCUUUUGGAUGAUAAGCUAA